GCACACUGCCGGUGGGGACUUCAAGACGCAGAUUUGUUUAUUUUCUGAGUGCACGCCAGCCAGUAUUUUGUGUUUAUCUGCACAACACAAACGCAGAUGCAUUGUUGAAAAUGCUCUCGCCAAUGGGUAGUUUGCCUGCGCCUUUGCUGAGACGCAAACAAGCUAAAAGGAGCUGCGCUACCAGUGACUGGAAUUAAUAAGACGCCUUCAAGAUGCUCAGAUGAUCUGCGGAGUCGUUGUAAACCAUCCAGUCUACGCAGAAAAAGAACGUGAAAACUACCUGGUGUAAGAGUUUCCUGGGAGGGUGCCACCAGUAUCCUGCGGGGCCCGUGUGCCUCUUUUGGCAGCAAGUUUGGCAUCCCCCCGCUAUCACCUCCAGCACCGGAGAUGCCCUCACCUCUUAACGAUGGAGAGGAUCGAGGAGCAUCCCCCGUGAACUUGCCAUCUGUGGGUACCUACCAGAGCCAUGGCAAAAGAAAGGUGCACAGCAAAAAGAAGAAGGGGAUCAUCAGCGCUAAUGUUGCUGGCACCAAAUACGAAAUUGUUCGUAUAGUCAUGAACGAGAUGGACUUUCUGAAGACACGAGAUGAUGACGAGACUGCCAAUCUCAUCUGGAACGAUUCAGCUGUACAGCAUGAGAAAAUUGCUGAGCUCAGGAAUUAUCAGAGAAUUAACCAUUUUCCUGGUAUGGGUGAAAUUUGCCGCAAAGACUGCUUAGCCAGAAACAUGUCAAAAAUGAUCAAGUGCCAGUCUCAAGAGUACAGCUUUGUACCAAAAACCUGGAUCUUCCCCGCUGAGUACACACAGUUUCAAAAUUAUGUCAAGGAACUGCGGCGGAAACGCAAGCAGAAGACAUUUAUUGUCAAACCAGCCAAUGGAGCCAUGGGCCACGGGAUCUCACUUAUCCGUAACUGCGACAAGCUGCCAGCCCAGGAGCACUUUAUUGUUCAGGAGUACUUGGACAAACCUUUCCUGAUGGAGGGCUACAAAUUUGAUCUGCGCAUCUACAUCCUUGUCACUUCUUGUGACCCGCUUCGCAUUUUCCUUUACAAUGAUGGCCUGGUGCGCAUGGGCACAGAGAAGUACCAUGCACCUACUGAAGCCAAUCUGAACCAGCUCUACAUGCAUCUUACCAACUACUCAGUCAACAAACACAAUGAAAACUUUGAACGUGAUGAGACGGUGGACAAAGGUAGCAAAAGAUCCAUCAGUUGGUUCACUGAGUUCCUGCGCAUCAAUGACUACGACGUGGCCAAAUUCUGGGGUGAUGUUUCUGAGCUGGUCGUAAAGACAUUAAUUGUGGCAGAGCCUCACGUACUCCAUGCUUACCGCAUGUGCAGGCCCGGUCAGCCACCAGGGAGCGACAGUGUCUGCUUUGAAGUCCUAGGCUUUGACAUAAUCUUGGACCGCAAACUCAAACCGUGGCUACUGGAGAUCAAUCGAGCUCCAAGCUAUGGGACGGAUCAGAAGAUCGAUUUUGACAUAAAGAGAGGAGUUUUACUCAACGCUCUGAAGCUGCUCAACAUUAGAGCCAGUGACAAGAAACGCAAUCUGGCACAACAAAAAGCCGAGGCACAGAGGCGACUCUACGGGCAUGGAUCUGUAAAGAAACUGUCUGCUGCCUCCUCAGACUGGGAAAGACAGCGUCACACCUUGGAGCGAAGGCGAGAAGAGCUUAAAGAACGACUGGCACAAGUCCGAAAGCAAAUCUGCAGAGAAGCGCAUGAAAAACAAAACCUGGGCAAUUACAGACGAAUUUACCCUCCAGACGACAAGCUGCUGUUGGAGAAGUAUGAAAGCCUGCUCUCUUCCGCAUUUCAGACCUUCCUCGCUGGGCGAGCUGCCUCACUUCAGAAAGAAAUGAAUAAUCCUCUGAAACAAAUGAAGGAGGAGGACAUCUUAGAUCUGCUCGAGCAAUGUGAACUGGACGAUGAGAAGCUGAUGGGCAAAUCCUCGAGGCAACGUGGCCCUAAGCCCUUGACCACCAUGCCAGAAUGCAGCCAGACAUCACGACGUCAACGGCCAGACUACUUGGCUGACUUCACCAGCGGCAGCAGUGCUGAAAACUCUUGCCUAUCAUCAGAUGAAGAAGAGGAAGACAGGAGAAAAGCAGAAGGGAGAAGUAGAGGUGGAGAAAAGAGGGAGAAGAAAGUUUCUUAUGACCUAGGGAGCAAAGAGAAGAACUUGGCUGAGCGCUCAGGUCGGAUGCAUUGGAAACCAGCGGUCAAGCCAAUCAAAACCAGUCCAGCUCCUUCUGCUUCUCCGAUUCUUUCCAGCCCAAUCAGGCGCUCCAUCUCCUGCCCUCGCUCCAUAGCUUCACUCUCGUCACCCAAUGAUGUGCGGUCUCUCUCCAUUAGGCCCUCUAAUGUUCCUGUCAUCACGGCCCUCGUCCGGCCGAGCUCUGCAACACUACGCUCUCAUUCGCUAAGCCGCAGUGGCUCUGCCCAUCGUGUUCCUCAUAGCAACAGCCUAGGCACCAUCCACUCCAACAUUGUUGAUCCACUUAUUAACCCAAGGAGUAAAGAACAGGAGACAGAGUUUGUACGUCAGACACUAACUGCGCUCAUGGCCAUGAGGAUCCGAUUUCCCGGAAAAACGGAGGAGGAGGCUGAGGCAGUGCUCGAUGAGAUCCUUGAUAACUGGAAAUACCAUAAACCAAAGGUUGCCUCCUAUUGGCUUGUAAAGUUAGACUCCACGAAACAACGGAAGGUUUUGGAGAUUGUGAGGACAAAUGUGCGCUUAGCACUACAGCGAAUUUGGAAAGAGCCAGAUUUGGAAAGUCUCCACUUGUACCGCCUCUUUAACCGUGUCUUUAACAGACUACUCUGGAGUCAUGGCCAGGGCCUCUGGAACUGCUUCUCUAAUUCUUGUUCAUCUUGGGAGACAAUCUUCAGUAAGAGCAGCGACAUGGUUUCGCCUCAGGAGAUGCAAUGCUGCCGCAGGCUGGUGCAACUGUGCCAAGACUGUUUAUUAGUCGUCUACAAGUUUGUCUCUGAGUCCCGGGGCUCUUUGACUGGACUCAGCCCAGAAUGGGAUGAUACCAGCGUACCAUUUGCCGCUGGACCAGCCUCUACCCAUGGCUCCACCCCUGCUGCUGUCGCUGCUGCUUCUUCUUCCUCUUCUUCCGCCGUCUCUUCGCCCCCUGAUGCAGGUACUGGAACGCUGUUAGCAGGAGCUGUCUCACUGCUCUGUCUCGGUGGAAGGUGUCAUAGAAAAGUCUUAGAGAGGUACUGACGUCUGUGCCGCGGAAUGAAGAGUAUCUCCUCCCAGUGACCUCCCAGUUCAUCAUGAAGUGGCCUUAGUCCAGCUUUGGCCACAUCACCACGGCCGCGUUCAUGCAGCCUUUUUUCUGCCAGAAUGGAACACUUCUGAGGUCACCGUGGGAAUGCCGGUUUUAGAGACCUUGGCUUUUUGACCUCAGUCUGUCGCCUGAGACUUACCUAGCCAAACUCCCAAAAAGAUUCUUAAGUUUUAACAGCUCUGGACAAACAAUUGAGACUCCACUGUGGCCUGGUGCCCAUUGACAGAACAGCAGGAUGAUUUGGGAUGGACAUUGCUUCGAUUAACGUUAGCCCUUCAGAAUGCCGUCAACUUUGCCUUCUUCCUUCUGGAACAGAAGACAAUGGACUUGUCCCUCCGCUCACAUUGUAAUUGCUCUAUUUAACAACUCGCUGUACGCCUGAAACUCAUGGUACUGUAAACAGAAAGAAUAUCUAACAAUGCAAUGACUUUAUUUAUUUAUCGACGUAUUUAUUUUGUCAUAUGUUCAAUGAAUGCAGUGAAUGCUGAUGCACAAUGCAGCUGUGGAAUGAUAACACUUGUAAUGUUUUCUUUCUGAUGUCACAAGAAAUGUAAACUUAUUUUGUUAACUUUUAUCAGAGUAUUUAUGUUUAUAGUUAUUUAUGGCCUAGUUUACAUAAGUGACAACUCCAGUCAACAUUUUUUUUCUCCACGUCCUACCCUACAGGGAUUUUAAGUGGAAAAGUUUUGACAAAUGUUUAUAAUGUAAGAGAACACAGCGAGCGAAUUGCAGACCUCUUAUUUCCAAAUAUGCCCUUUGCAGAGAGCAUUGCUAACGGGUGCACAUUGUAGAAGUAUUUGCAUGUCUAAGUUUUUUAUUUUUUUUGCCUAUGACACAGAGGAGCUGCAAUGGGGACUUAUACUUGAAGUUGUGUUUAGUUGUUCGGACAAUUCCCUUUAAAAUGUCACUUGUGAGUGCAGAUGAAGAUGAUCAAGUAUGUGCUUUUCCUAUCACUUCUCGAUUGUUUGUGUGCAGCACACUGAAUGAUUAGGACCCUUGACCCAAACACUGAUAGCAUGGAUGUGACAGUAAAAAGCUCAUCUACUUCAUUUGGGCUAAGGUUAAUAUUUCACGAACCACCGUAGGACUUGUGAAGGACAGAGAAGUAGAAAGAAAAAAAAGUGUUGUUCGGAAGAGAAGUGGUGUGUUAUGUUAAGUAGUUUAGUGGCUCUGUGCACAAACACAUUAAAUGUUAAAAUGUCAAGACUAAUUUGGUGUGCCAAAAACUAAAGCAGCAAGUCUAUUUGAAACUGCUAAUAUUAUAAACUCAUCAACAUCAAUUUACAAUGCCAAAUUAUUAUUAAGUUUUGCUUCAUUCAGUUAUUUUAAAGACAAGACAACAUUUUUAGUGGAGGAAUGGGAUUUUUGAUUUUACGGAGCAAUAAAUGGUUUAAAACAAUUGCCUCAAUGUAUUUUUAUCUCCUGGAGUCAACAAAAAUAAUUUUAGCUGAGUUUUAUCAACGAAGUGUAACUGAGAUUUUCAAUAUGCAAAACAAAUUACAGUGGUACCUCAACAUAUCUUUUCGACAUCCAAUGUAAAACUUGACCCUUUGUUUCUACAUCCGACCACAUGCUUGACGAUUUAUGACAGCGUCGCAGUUUCUUUGUUUUCCCGCAAGACGGACGCACGGAUUUUCUUGCAAGAGAAAUCAACAUGGGUUCCAAGAAUGUUGGUGUGGGUGGUAAAAAAAAGGAAAAAGAUGAGGCUUACUAUUGAAAUGAAGAUGGAAAUGAUAGAAAAAUAUGAGCAUUGCGUGCGUGUCCGUGAACUGGCUUGACAGUCCUCCUCCGAUUUUCGUUUGCCAGUCUUUAGAAGUUAAGGUGCCACUGACAAUUAUUAUUGCAAAAAACUCGCCAGCUUCAUUAGGUUUUUAAUAAUUUAUUUCAGAACUUGCGCAACACAUCAUGCCUAUUUUCCGCCAUGGUUGAACAAAGUGAAAGUAAAAAGUCCCUCUCUUACUCUGUCAAGUCAGCCACGCGGUGCGUUCAGGUACACCACGCAAAACACAUCCGCUACAUUAGAACCCGAUUUGUUACAUUAUUGAAGGUAUUAUUAUGAUUUUUAUUCAUAAUUUAUUUGUUUUGUUCUGUGUAAUUGCUAUUUGAAAUAGUACCAGCAGCAUUUACAGUGGUAUGAAAAAGAAUCUAAACGUUUAGGAAUUUAUCACAUUUCUGCAUAAAAUCAUCAAAUGUGAUCGGAUCUUUGGCAAAAUCACACAGAUGUAAAAACAGUGUCUGCUUUAACUAAAAGCACCCAAACAUUUAUAGGUUUUCAUAUUUUAAUAAGGAAAGCAUGUAAAUAAUGACGGAAGGUGGGGAAAUAAGUGAACCCUCUGCUUAAGGAGACUUCAAGAGCAAUUGAAACCAAUUUUUACCAAACAAUUUAAGUAAGGUGUGUGCCCAAUCACUGAUGAGUAGUUUAAGGCUGCCCUGCCUACUAUAAAACACACACCUGGUAAGAAUUGUAUUGAAGCAUUGUCUGAUGUGCAUCAUGACUCGGUCAAAACAGCUGUCUGAACACCUACGAUCAAGGAUUGUUGAUUUGUAUAAAGCUUGGAAAGGAUACAAAACCAUUUCUAAAAGUCUGGAUGGUCAGACAAUCGAAAGUCAGAAUAGUUGUCUACAAAUGGAGAGAGUUUGGCACUGUUUUUUCUCUUCCAAGGAGUGGCUGUCUACCAAAGAUGAUGCCAAGAGAUCAGUGCAGAAUACUUAGAGAGGUUUAAAAAAAAAAAUAAAAAUAAAAAAUAACUAGUGUCUGCUAAAGACAAAUCACUGGCACAGUGCAAUAUCUCUGUGCACACAUCAACUAUAUGUAAAACUAUGGCCAAGAAUGGUGUUCAUUGGAGGACUUAACGGAGGAAGCCACUGCUGUCUGAAUAAAACAUUUUUGCUCGUGUAAUGUUCUCAAAAAGGCACUUGGACACGCCAAAGAAGUUUUGGCAAAAUAUUUUGUGGACUGAUGAAACCAAAGUUGAAUUGUUUGGGAGUAACGCACAACGUUGUGUGGAGGAAAAAUGGAACAGCUCACCAAAAUCAACACCAUUCCCACCGUGAAACAUGGUGGAGGGAGCAUCAUGAUUUGGGGUUGUUUUGCUGCCUCACGGUCUGGACAACUUGCAAUCAUUAAUGGAAGAAUGAAUUCAAAAGUUUAUCAGGAUGUUUUGCAGAAACCCGAGGCUGUCUGUCAGACAGUUAAAGGUAAAAGGAAGAUGGAUGCUGCAACAAGACAAUGAUGCAAAACACAGAAGUAACUGAUGUUUAGAAUGUUUUCAGAAUAACAAAAUACACGUUCUGGAGUGGCCAAGUCAAAGUCCAGACUUGAACUCCAUUGAGAUGCUGUGGCAUGACCUAAAGACAGCGUUUCAUGCCAGACAUCACAGGAAUCUGACUGAACUACAGCAGUUUUGUAGAGAAGAAUGGGCCAAGAUUAGUCCUGAUCGAUGUACUAGACUCCUCUGCAGCUACAGGAAGCGUCUGGUUGAAGUUAUUGCUGCCAAAGAGGGGCCACAAAAUAUCAAAUGUGAUGGUUCACUUACUUAUUUUUCCCCCUCCUGUCAUUGUUUGCAUACUAUCCUUAUUAAAAUAUGAAAACCUAUAAAUCUUUGGGUGGUUUUAGUUAAAGCAGACAUUGCAUUUUUAUCUGUGUGAUUUUGACAAAGAUCAGAUCACAUUCGAUUGUGAUUUUAUGCAGAAAUAUAAGAAAUUCCAAAAGGUUCAGAUACUUUUUCAUACCACUAUAUUAGGGUUUAGUGUAGGUUUUCGGGCUGUGAAACAAAUUAAUGAAAUUAUAAUGUAUGCGUAUGGGAAAAUCCUGCUCGACAUACGACCACUUUGACUUACAAACAAGGUUCUGGAAUGAAUUAACUUCGUAUGUAGAGGUACCACUGUAUUAGUUAUGUCUCUCUGUAUGGUUCAAUGCAGUUCAGCACAACUUGUACAAACUGCAGUCAGAUCAACAAAUUUGAACCAUUUCCUGAUGGAUGUAUUGUGUAUAGAGAGCAAAGAUUCAACGUUGUGAGAAUCUUGACAAUUGACAAAUCAUGUUUAACUCUCUUCUGGAAAUAUUGGGGCUUUUUUUUCAAAUUUCGUUCUCUGUUCUCUCAGACAGUCACAAAUAUUUCUCACAAUAUUCACAACUUUAAAUCGUACCCUAUAUGGGUUUUACAAAUCAUUUUCUUAAUUUAGUUUUUAAAAUACUGAAACAACUAUGAUGUUCUCCUCUCAAGUAGAUAAAAACCUGUCAGUAUGAUGCAAAGCAUUUCUAAACCAGUACUCAUCCAUAGUUUUUGUGUUCAGUCAAUGCCAUCUGCUCAUGAAGGAUAUGGACUGAGCCCUGCUAUGAAUAGUGAAAACCCAUAAGUCAAAUCAUUGAGGUUUCUAUCAGUGGCGGGUCAUCAAUAGUUGGGGCCGCCCCAAUCAAAAUUUUAGGAAAGAAGUAUAGACAGAGAAAAUGAAAAUAUAUAUUCAGUGUUCACUUGUAAAAUAAGCCAUACUUUUAAAUAAUCAAUUAAUCAAGCCAUUUCAUGUUGGGUUUAUUACGGCUUGUUCUAUUAUGUGGGAGGAUCAUUUUUUAAAAUGUUUUCGGCAAAUGCACAGUUGGUUGGGUGGCAAGAAGUCACAAACAUGAUGGCUGGCAGUGAAAUUGAGACAAACGGUAAGCAAGCAAAAUCUCCAAUAUGUGAGCGCUUUCGCGUCUGAAGACCGGGGGAGGUUGAGAGAAAAGCUUAAAGGAGCCAUAUAUAAGAAUUGUACAGUGGUACCUAUACUUACAAAAUUAAAUGGUUCUGGAAGUAGUUUCUUGACUUGAAAAUUCUGUAAAUAGAGACGCGCUUUCCAUGUAAAUGCCCCAAUCUGUUCCAAGCCCCCCCAAAAUUCAGACAUAAAUAUUGUUAUUUAAUUAUAUUAUUGUUAUUUAUUGUCAUUUAAUAUUUUAAUAAAUGCAUCAAAACAUGUAACAAAUAUAUGUUACAAUUACAUUAUCGCACAAUAAACAUACAAUCUGAGUUGUGCAUGAUGUAAAAAACUAAGAAUAGGUUAAAGAGUCAAAGUUAAUACACUCAUGUAAAGCUGUUGAAACAGGAGGGGCAAAUGAAGAGGACGCACACGGGAUACACACGUACACAUACAGUAAAGGUCCCUCUUAGCCAAUUGGAUGCCAGGAAUGCUAGGCAACAUCAAAUUGCAGAGCAGCUAUAGGUAUGUUACGUUCAGUCAGCUGUGGGAGCUGUGAGUACCAGCCAUACUGUAUUUUUGCCUUUCUUACUCUGAAAUUUCUUUCAUAACAAGAGGCAAUAUUUUCCCAUUGAAGCGUGUCUUAACCUGAAAAUUCUGUAGGUAGAGACGUUCUUAAGUAGAGGUACCACUACAAUUAUUCAUUAAACAGUCCUAAUAUUUCAAUAGACAUUAAAGAAACAUGAUUUUUGGAAAUCCUUCUAACAAGGUUCUCAAUGGUUAAGCCUAGACUUUCUCAUUGUAAAAGUUGAUUUUCGCUUUGCUUCUGUGUUUACAAAGGAUGUCUUGUGCUCCACCAAUCAGCUAAUUAUGAGAUCACUUCUUGUCUGCUUCCAGGGUGCCAAAGCUCAGUAAUUUGUAAGCUACUUAGAAAUACCGUAAAGCUGCUACAACCUUUACAAAGCAUCUCAAUUACAAUGUUUUGUACCACUUGAGCAAAAAAAAAAAAAAAAAAUAAUAAUAAUAAUAAUAAUAAUUCAUAAUGAAUCUCAAAGGAAUCAUG